GUGCUUCACUGGGUCCCUGCGGUGGGACACUGGUGGGUGACAGGAGGACACAGCUGGCCUGGGAGGAGCAGAGUGGCCUGGGUGUUGGGUGUGCACCGGCAGAAAUGCUUCCUUGGGGCUAUGCGAUCACACAGCCCCCGCGGGUCUCCUCAGAGUCUCCUCAGAGUUUCCUGCCUGUGCCAGCCGCCCAGCAGCUGCAUCUCCUGAGGUGCCCGGAAGUCUGGCCUGAUUCCGUUUUUCGAGGACAUCUGUAAGGGCAUCAAGGCGGGCGACACGUGCGAGAAGCUGGUGGGCUAUUCUGCGGUGUACCGCGUCUGCUUCGGCAUGGCCUGCUUCUUCUUCGUCUUCUGCCUGCUCACCCUGGGCAUCAACACGAGCAAGGGCUGUCGCGCGCACAUCCACAACGGCUUCUGGUUCUUCAAGCUGCUGCUGCUGGGGGCCAUGUGCUCCGGGGCCUUCUUCAUUCCGGACCAGGAGUCCUUUCUGGAAGCCUGGCGCUACGUGGGGGCCGUCGGAGGCUUCCUCUUCAUAGUCAUCCAGCUGUUGCUCAUGGUGGAGUUCGCCCACAAGUGGAACAAGAACUGGACAGCUGGCACAGCCACCAACAAGCUGUGGUACGCGGCCCUGUCGCUGGUCACCCUGGUCAUGUACUCCAUCGCCACUGGAGGCCUGGUACUGAUGGCCGUGUUCUACACCCAGCUCGAGGGCUGCACACAGAACAAGAUCUUCCUGGGCGUGAACGGAGGCCUGUGCCUGCUCAUCUCCCUGGUCGCCAUCUCCCCCUGCGUCCAGAACCUUGAUCAUGUGGCUACAAGUUUCACCAAGCCGGGCGUGGUGGCACGCGCCUGUAAUCCCAGCACUCGGGAGGCUGUGACAGGAGGAUCGCCAGGAGCUCAAGGCCAGCCUAAGCUACAUGGACAGCCGCACUCAGGGCUGCUGCAGUCCGGGCUCAUCAGCUGCUAUGUGGCCUACCUGACCCUCUCAGCGCUGUCCAGCAAGCCCCCGGAUGUAGUCCUGGAUGAGCAUGGGAAGAACGUGACGAUCUGCGUGCCGCACUUCAGCCAGGACCUGAACCGCGACGAGAGCCUGGUGACCUGGCUGGGCCUUGUGCUGCUGAUCAUCUGCAUCCUGUAUUCCUGCCUGACGUCCACGAUGCGGUCGAGCUCCGAUGCCCUGCAGGGUCGCUACGUAGCUCCGGAGCUGGAGGUGGCCCGCUGCUGCUUCUGCUUCGGCAAUGACAUCGUCGAGGACCCCGAGGAGCAGCCGGAAGGGAAGGCGCCGCGCCGCGUGCUCUACGACGAGAAGAGGGGCACGGUGUACAGCUACCCCUUCUUCCACACCGUGUUCCUGCUGGCCUCGCUCUACAUGAUGAUGACCCUCACCAACUGGUUCCACUAUGAGAGCGCCAGCAUCCACACCUUCUUCCGGGAGAGCUGGUCCGUCUUCUGGGUCAAGAUGGCCUCCUGCUGGACGUGCGUGCUGCUGUACCUGUGGACGCUGGUGGCGCCCCUGUGCUGUCCGGCCCGGCAGUUCUCUGUGUGACACCAGGUGCGAUCUUCCUGAUGCGUAUGCCCCGGCCUCCAGGGGCGCCAGGCCUGGGAAAGGCCAGCACAUCUUGCCCUUGUUGUGUGUCUCAAAAAGCUCUCAGGAAACCAAGCAUCUCCUGAUGUGCUUUUUAAUUCACACAUUAAAAAGAAACUGCUGUUUGUCUAAAGCAAUUGAGAUGUUCAACUGAAACGAUCCUGGGAUCCAUGUUUUGAUGUCUUGGCCCUCAGUGCUACCAUGUUCCUUGGGUGCAUCUUCACCUGCCCAGAAUUUGGGGCUCACAGCUUCACCUAGAAUGAGAUCACCUCACUUGGCCUGACAUUCACAGCCCUGCUCCUCACGCUCCUGCCUAGACCCCUGUCCCUGAGGCCCCACCCCCAACCUCCAGUGUUUCCCGGCCCAGAGGAGCCCCAUCCUCAGCCCAGCCUCGGGGCCACCCUUCCUACUGUGAUGCAGGCUGUUGCAGCCACCCCUCAGCUACCCUCUCCUUCCUGGGUCUGGCACCCUUGUCAAAUGUGAACAGCACAGUUUGCCACCCGCCCGCCCUUGUGGCCCCUGCUGUCUAGGUCCCAGCUCAUGCUAGGCAUGGCCAGGUGUUCCCUUGUCAGCAACAAGGGCUGGGCUUGCUUCCUUUGUGUUUGCAGGGGUCUGGCACUGCACGGCCUCUAGCCCAGAGCGCUGCCGAGGCACCGUGGGGCUGUCUGUCCCUUAGCCUCCCCUGCUCCAGGCCUGUGAGAUGGAGGAGGGCUUUGGCUCUGGGGAUGUGUCCCUGGCCACCCCACUGUGCCUGUCAAAGUUUCCCUGAAGUGACACGCAGGUCCAGGCUGUCUGCAGGGUGGCUGUGGGAGGUGAGGCGUGCCGCUGGUCGUGCAGGGCCAGUGACGCCCCGGGUAUUCCCAGAGCCCAUGCUUGCGGUACCGUCUCUAAGAAGGAGGUCAGCCGCCACACGGUGCGCAUGACCCCACCCACGCCCUGGGCAGGGAGGAGGCCCCUGCUGCUAGAAGUCCACAGGGGCAGCGCAGGACCAUCCUGGGGUGCUUCCCACAGGCUGCAGCCUGGGCUGUGCUCGGUACUCUCUGUGCCACUGGGCAGGACUGGGCACACCUGCUGUCACGCUGGUUCAUCAGGUCCUUCGCUUCCCUGGGAUGCUGGGCAGCCCC